GUGAAGAUGAAUCCGAAUUUUCUAAUUGUUUUUGGAACUUUGUUUCAAAACAUAGUGUAUAUUUAUUACCAUCCUCCAACCAAGGACAUCGUCGAAUCAUACAUUUGUUUCAAUAAAUUAAAUUCUACAUGGCCUGAAAAUUGGUAUGAACUUCAUCAAAAUCAAACUUCGUUAAACAUAGUGUAUGAAAUGAAAAUCCCAAGUGACCACCUACUCAACAAUAAUGAAACGAAUGUGGUGAACCAAACAGUGACAACGGAAUUUCUGUCAUCUUUUGUAAUUCCUUACAAAUUACGGCUGGUUUUUAAAAACAGACAGUAUCAUGAUACGGAUUGGAAAUACUUACUUAAAAGUGAUAAAAUCGAUAUCAUGUUAAGUUCUCAACAAUAUAAAAAUUUAUCUGCAUCUUCUAUAGUAACCAAAAAUAAAUUAUCACAUUAUGAUGACUUUUUUAAAAGAUUUAAUACAAUUGAAAACAUAACUAAAGCUAAUAAUUUAAUAAGUAACCAAAAUUUUACCUUUUUUUUAAUUUGUGUAAUAGUAGGAGUCACAGUGUUAUUAGGUAUAAUAAUUAAUGUAAUUUUAUAUUCUUUGUUACACCGUUUUACUAGUAGGAAUUAUGAUGUUUGUAAUCGUAAUAAUGUAUGAUGUAGUUUUAUAUACUUUUCUGUUAUAUAAACUUAUGUUCUUGUAAAAAUAAACUUUAUAAAUGAAACUAGUUUAAAUUUGUUUUUAUUUGUUAAUUUCUUGUUCCUUAUUUUUCCUGCCUCCUAUUUUUACAUUUUUGUAAUUUUUAAAUUUUAAGUACAGACUUUUAAAUUUUCGCGAUUUUAGAUUUUUGAAUUUGCCACCAAUAUUUGAAAUAUCCGCCAUUUUGAAAAAUCUAAAUUCCCCCCUCCACCAUAAACGUGACUGCUGUGACGUCACACGCGACGUUAUUAUGUUUUGAUUGGCUGUUUUAUUAAAUAUAUUUUUUGAAGGGAGAGAAGAUUAAGUAUUUUAAAAAAAUAUUCCUAUUUUGCUUAGUUUCACGAAAGUAAUACAUCUGAAAACAUGACGCGAAUUAUUAUCGUUAUUAUUAUAACUUUAAUUGGGUAUUCAUCUUGUAAAAGUGUUGUUAGUGAAGUGAACGGUAAUGAUGAUAAUACAAACUGUACAAACCGAUAUUUAUCUCAGUACUUAACAAAUUUUGGAUAUCUACAACGUGAAAAUCAAACUGAAGAAAACAGAACUUUUGAAGAGUUAAAAUUUAAUGAAAAUAAUUUUUCUGAUGCCUUACUAGAAUUUCAACGUACAUAUAAUUUACCUUCUACCGGAAAAAUUAACAACGAAACACUCAAUUUCAUAAAACAGCCGAGAUGUGGAAUGAAAGAUGUAUUAUCUGAAUAUACAUUGCAUUUAACAAAGUGGAAUAAAACCUCAUUAAAUUGGAUGAUAUAUACAAAUAGUCGUUUUGAACGCAAAGUAGCUGUAAGGGCAUUUGAGAUUUGGCAAAAACAUACUAGUUUAAAAUUUUUUGAAACUCGUCAACCUGAAAAUGCUAAUAUAUUUAUCGUAUUUACAUCGACUGAGCAUACAUUUUAUAUAAUGAAUAAUAUUCAAAAAUGUUUUGCAAAUUUUGAUGGAAAAGGUAAUGUGUUAGCUCACGCAUAUUUUCCCGAUGGUGUAACUAAUUUUACGGAAAUACAUUUAGACUCAAGUGAAAAUUGGUCCUACAAAAUACAUGAUGAAGAUAAUUUUUCACAACAAAAUGAUUCAGUUAAUUUAUUAGUAGUUUUAUUACAUGAAAUAGGUCAUACAUUAGGACUUUCUCACAGUACAAAUAAAGAUGCUAUAAUGUUUCCUUAUUAUAAGUUAAGUAAAUCUCUUAAUACUUUAGAUCUUCAUGUUGAUGAUAUAUAUGGUAUAACAAGUUUAUAUGGUUACCCAAUUUUAACUGACCCAAAAGUGAUUCACAAUUCGAGUACCACAUAUUCAAUAAAAAAUCUAACAACAUCAUUAUCAUCAUCAACAACAACAACAACAACAACAACAACAACAACAACAACAACAACACCAUCAACAACAACAAAAAUACAAAUAAAUAAAAUACCUUUAAUUCCUGAUUUAUGUUCGCUAAAAAAAUUUAAUCAUUUUUUAAUUAUUCAAAGUCAUUUAUAUAUUAUUUAUAAUGAAUGGUUUUGGAUAAUAGAUUUUAAUAAUAUGAAAGAUUACGGUCAACCAAUGAAAAUUAUAACUUGGCUAACAUUUUUACCUAAAAAUUUUACUAAAAUUACUGCUAUUGCUAGACGACCUUCCUCCGAUGAAAUUUUAUUAAUUAUAAAUGAUAUGAUUUAUAUUGUUUCUUUGCCAAAUUGGAGUCUUAAAUAUGGAUAUCCUAAAAAAAUUUCACAAGAAUUUAAAUUAAAUGUACCUAUCAGAGCAAUGGUUAACAAUUAUGAUGGACAAUUAUAUCUUUUUUCUGAUGAUAAAUAUGUAACAAUAAACACUCAUCAUAAUUAUAGAUCAAAUUUAGGACUUAUAUCAAAAGAUUUUAAUGGUAUACCAAAUAAAAUUACAGGAGCAAUUCGUUUUACAAACGGAAAAAUAUAUUUUUUUACUAAAAAAAAUUACUAUGAGUAUGAUGAAUUUACUAAUACUUUAAUUAGAGCUGGCAAAAAGGAUUUAUCAAUUUUUGGAAUUAAUUGUCCUAACGAACCAAUCUUAUUACAAUUAAAGAAUUUAAUCUCUUCACUUAUUCAUUUUAAUACAAAAUAUGAGGAAGCAAACGAUGAGGAUGAGAAUGAGUAAUUUUGAUAAGAUUAGUUAACCGCAAACGUAGAUAAACAGAUGUAAAAAAUUGAAUUAUUAAUUUUUUUAAGGUUAAUUAACCAUAAAUAUAAAUAGAUACAUUUUUUGAUAAAUUUCAACUAUAAAAACAGUCUGAUUGAAUUUAGGUGUUAAUCUUAAAGUGACUGCGUUAAUAUGAAACCAAAUCGACUAGAACUUCUAUGUCAGAAAUGUAUUAUAGAAAAUUGUUGGAAUAAUCGAGAGAAGUUAUAUCAAGUUUUGAAAUAUUUACAUGCGAUGAUACCAACGAAAAUUUUUCAUGAAUUCUUAAUCGCAUUACCAACGAUAAGGUGGCAGAAAAUUUUCGAGAACAAGAAACCAUAUUAUGCAAAAAAUCCUGGUUCAGAUGAAGAUUUCAUCGAAGGUCUUGAAAUCUACGAGAAUAAUAACAGAAAAUUGAUGGAUUAUAAAUACGAUAAAUAUAUUGAUGAUGAUAAUUUGUACUUGCAUAUCAUGUUUGAAGUUGCAGUUUACGAUUUGUAUUUACCUUUUUUUGGUGCAUCAACAAUGUGUUUAAAAGGUAAUUAUUAUAAAUUUAAAAGUGUAAACAAAAAGUUUCGUUAUUGUAUAGACUGUUAUAAGUUUUAUAAGAAUUUAUAUAAAAAUGUACAAGAUUCAUGUAUUUUUUCGUUUAAACAAUGUUAUGAACAUACUAUAAUAAGAACAAUUGAUUUUGGAAAUUACGUUAAGGAUGAUUUAUUUUGGUGUGCAUUAUGUAUUAAAAAACCUUUGUUUGCUAACACUUCAUCAACUUGUAGAAAAACUUGUAAGUUGAAAUAAAACUAUAAUUUUAUUACAAGUGUUUUAUUUGAUUUUUAGAUAAAUACAAUAAUACAAUACAAUACAGAUAACAGAUAUUUUAAAAAUUAA